GAGGUGUAGAGGUGGUGAACAUGGAUCUCACACUCAAUUUCAAAAUCAAUGGAUGUCAAGGAAGUUUUCCACAUGAAUGGUGGACUUGGUGAAAAUAGCUAUGCCCAAAAUUCAUCUCUUCAGAAAAAGGCUUCGGAUAUGGUGAAGCACAUAACCCUCGAGAGCCUUGAAGAAACCUAUGUCUCCAUGAAACCAAAGAGCAUUGGCAUAGCCGAUCUCGGUUGCUCUUGCGGUCAAAACACGUUAUCCACGAUUCGAGAACUGGUUGAAGUCGUCGACGAGACGACCCGUAAAUUCUUGAAUAUUCCACCACCCGAGUAUCGCAUCUACCUCAACGAUCUUCCGACUAACGACUUCAAUGCCAUUUUCAAAAUCUUGCCCGAUUUCUACACAGAAUUGAACAAUGAAAGGCAUCGUCGAGGCCACAAAUUUGACUCCAGCGUAUUCAUAGCUGGUUAUCCCGGCACUUUUUACGGAAGAUUGUUUCCGAACAAGUGUCUACAUUUCAUUUACUCCUCUUUUAGCUUACACUGGCUAUCUAGGGUUCCACCGGGACUUUAUGACAAGCAAGGCAAGUCAAUUAACAACGGUAGCUUAUACAUCUCCAAAUCGAGCCCUCUUGAAGUGUCUAAAGCGUAUUUCGAGCAAUUUCAAGAAGAUUUUUCUUUAUUUCUCCGAUCAAGGUCGAAAGAACUGAUAGUUGGAGGCCGAAUGGUGCUAAUUUUGUUAGGAAGAAGAGAUCGAAGUCAUGUUGACAGAGGCAACUCAUUUCUUUGGGAACUUCUUUCGCGAUCAUUUGCUACAUUGGUCUCUCAGGGGGAUGUUACGCAAGAAAAAGUCGACCAGUAUGACACCCACUUUUACGCACCCUCGAAGAAUGAAUUAGAGGAGGAAGUGAAGAAAGAGACGUCUUUUGAAAUUGAUCGUUUUGAAAUGUUUGAAAUCGAACGGAACUCCAAGGCUUGUAUGAGCCAUGGAACAGUGGUGGCAAGAGCUGUUCGGGCGAUCCAAGAAUCGAUGAUCUCCCAUCACUUCGGGGAAGAAAUUCUCGACAAUUUAUUUGAGACUUAUGGAAGAAUGAUUGAUGAAGAGAUGGUUGUAGAAGAUAUUAGGCCCGUAAGUUUUAUUAUUGUUCUUAGAAAGCUAUGAUCUGGAGAGAAAUGUAGCGUGUACAUAAUUAUCAUAUUGUAUCUCGUGUUUUAUAUGUGCAACUCAUUUGUAUCGUACGAUGUAAUAAAAUGAGGGUUAUGUGAUUAAAGAUACC